CCCUCAGCACUGCCUACUCUGUUCCCCCUUCUGAACCUAGAACUUUGCCCAAUUUAUCAUCGCAUUCAUCUAUUCUCAAUCUCGCUGGUACUAUCCAUGGCAAGGCAACCUUGAAACCAACCAUGCGAAAAAAGACUCGGGGCUCUUCACGGUAUGAGUGAAUAAUGAUGGCGGGAAGUUACGCCAUUCUCGUGGGCUUUACUGCCAUUUUAACCCACAUACUACGACGAAAGCAGCGCCGAGAUCGACCGCGGGAUGAUAACACCGGCAUCGUCCAGCUACACGGGUCGGAUAACGCAAACAUCGACAUUUGUUUCGUACAUGGUUUGGCCGGCGAUCGUACCGGGACCUGGGAGUGGGCUGAUGAUAAUUCCAAAGAAACACAUUCCUGGCCAGCAGAAUUUCUACCGCAAGAUAUCGAAGCGGACCGUCUUAAUGUUCGCAUACUCUCUUAUGGAUAUAAAUCAUUUGCCCCGACGCCGGAAUACCUAACCCAGAGGACUCUCUAUCGUCAUUCUCAAUCGCUUUUGCUGGCCCUGGCAAAUCUUCGUAAGGACUGUCCUGACCGGCCACUUAUAUUCGUUGGUCAUAGUCUUGGGGGCAUCGUCAUCAAGAGUGCUCUUAUUUUCUCUAGUCAGGAUAAAAGCCCAGACCUCUUGGCUCUCUCCGUUUCUACUACUGGAAUUAUAUUCUUAGGAACACCUCAUAAUGAGACGAUGCCAACUUUGGAUCAAUUGAAAUGGCCGAGAAUCCUUGCGAAUAUUGUCGAUUUAACUAAAGUGGGCAAUCCGAGUCUAGUGAAGCACCUAGAAAAGCAGAGUCUAAGCUUGCAAAGUCGGCUACAGCCUUUCAAGGCCUUGAGCGACAACAUUUCUAUCGUCUCGUACUAUGAAGAAGCCUCGACUACCCUGCCACACAUAAUCGUGCCCAAGCCCUCCACGAAACCAUCAUACGGUGACAGAGUGGAUAUAAUUCACGCGGGUCAUCGAGACAUGUGCAGAUUCAACAGUCGCGAAAACCCGGACUAUAAAAAUGUCUCUCGCGAAUUGCUGCGUCUAUGCCAUGAAUCAAACCAACGAUCGCAGGAUAACUGGGAGAAGCACAAAAGAAAUAGAAGAGAAGAGGUUUCGAUGGACUACAUGAAAAGAGUCCAAAGCGCAAAGGUGGAAGAUCAAACUCCUAGUAUCGCGGGACUGGAUGACUUUCGUAUCGAUGAUUCCCCUUUGCCGUCUCGGAAUAAGAGGUUUGUGGGUAGAGCAGAAGAACUUGAGUUCCUCCGUAAGACUCUCCUUGGGGAACGCUCACUACCUUACCGUGAUACUUGCGCCACUGUCAACCUCUUUGGAUCCGUAGGGAUGGGUAAGACUGAGAUUGCCCAAGAAUUUGCACAUUUAUACCGAAAUUGCUUUACAUCUGUCUUUUGGAUCCCCGCUACUAGCAGGCAUUCUAUUGAGCAAGGCCUCGUAAAUAUCGCAAACACCCUUCGUCAACAACUUCAUGGGCCUAGUUCAACGACGGCCUUUCGGAUCCUGGCUGACUCAUCACCCAAUACGGGACUUGACAGGAACCAGCUGGAUCAAACCAUUAAGGCGGUGAUGGAAUGGUUUCAGAGCACCGAGAAUUCGAAAUGGUUGGUGAUAGUGGAUGGUCUCGAACAUGCCGGCGAUCGCGAAACCAUGAAAUGUAUCCCUAGGACGACUUGUUCUCAUGGGCACUGCAUAAUUACUUCACGGCGACCGAUAGAAUGGAACUUUGUCCAGACUCAUCAAGUGCACCCGUUUAGCCCCGACGAAUCCUCCUCACUUUUGAAGGCAUCCACGGGCCUUUCAGACGCCGAUGAACGGGACUUGGACGAACUAUCGAGAUCCCUUCAACACAUACCCCUAGCGCUUAGUGCUGCUGCUUCGUACAUCUCUUCAACGCAGAUAUCUAUACAAAGAUAUAUGCAACUUUUCCAGGCCUCAUUGUAUGCUGGAAAGGAGAAGCCCGUCACAUUGUUGGAGGACGAGCUUAUUAGAAUCGAGAAAUUGGUGCUAAACACCAUAAACAAUGUUCCUGAUACCCCUAGGCUUCGGCAGCCCCCUUCCCUUGGGAUAUUCCAAGUUUGCUGUGUCCUCUCAAUGGAGUCAAUUUGCUUAUCAAUAUUCUUGUCUGGUUCGUUCAAAAAGAAAUAUCCGGGCAAUACGAUGGCUGCUAUCAAGGAGCUUGAACAUCAUUCGCUAGUAGCUCUCACCGAAGACAAGAGAUACCUCAUCACCCAGAACAUAGUCCUUGAACACAGCUGUCGCCUUUUCCCGGGUGAUCAGCGUCAAGCCGCCAGUCAAAUAGCUUGCGAAUCUGCGUUAGCCGCUGUCAAGUCAUUACAAGAUCUUAGAGAUGAAGACAAGUCAGCCGAUACCUCGUUUGCCGAGUGUGACCUAGCGGCUGUCAUAUCCCGUUGUUAUCAACUCAUCAACGCCGAAAUUCCUACAUCCUACGAAUGGGCGAUUGACCUGGACUUGAUGGGUCGGACGUGUGAAAGACAGGGCCGAACUGAAGACGCGGUUAAAUACUAUAAUUUGCUACUUAACCGGAAUGGUGGAAGUGCUUCUGUAACCCGAAAAGCAAAAUUGCGGCUGGCUAUAACCCGUCGCGUAUCUGGUGAUGACGUUCGAGCUGAGUGUGAAGAACUUAUACGGUCAAACGGCGACGUAUUAUCGGAAUCGACAGUGUCGUUAGCGGAAGAAAAGCCACGGGGAGAUGAGGUGGACAUCGAAGCGCUACGGCUCUUAAAGAAAAUGGCACACGACCAAUCUAAUCCAGAGGAGGAACUGGAAAUCUCAAGGCAGAUCGCGGCUGUGCAAGAAUACCGCCUUGGAAACAAGCACCCGGGCACACUUGACGCUGUUCAACAACUUGCAAAGGACCUGAUCGAGGUUGGGUUCUAUGACGAAGCAGAAGCCAACAUGAGACGUGUUCUACUCUCAUAUGAGAACAUGGUUGGUGCCAACUACGUAAAAAAGACGGAGGCUUGCGAGGUUCUGGCAUCGAUACGACUAAAACAGGGUAAAUACGACGACGCCAAGGAGCUCUUCAACCGUGCCUUACACAACCAUCUAGCACGUCUUGGUCGCGAACAUCCUACCACCCAGAAAUGUUGGUCGCAGUUAGGUCAAGUUUAUGAUCUGCAAGGUCACUCUGACAUUGCCGGCGAGAUUUAUGACAAGUGCAUCGCUAUCCUCAACGCAACAAAAGGGGGCGACCAUCCAGAUGUGCUACAAGUACGCGGCUACAAAGCUGAGAACCUAGCUAACCGGAACAUGUUUGAUGAGGCUGAAAGGGAACUCAGAGCCAUGCUUGGGCUUAUGGAAACUAACAAGAGUAUCCAUCAAGAGGGUGAUAGGCGCAGGACUGCCCUACAACUUGUCGACAUACUGAAGAGGAGCCCUAAAGCUGACGACGCCGCCUGGUUAGCAAACAAGGUGCACGAUCUUGAGUUUCGGUAUGACCUCGAUCUACACCGCCGGAUCGGUUGGAUAUAUUAAGGAUUACUACCUUCUCAUAGAUAAAAACCUUAUGUGGAUGUGCAUAUAGGCAUUUAAUAUAGUAUAUAAUACUCCAUGAACAUAGG